AUGUCCGCCAACCAGUCCCACGCCGUCGACUCUGUCAACCAGUCUUCCGUCCCUUACUCUGUUCAGCAGAACGCCCCUCGAGGUCUCGAAGAGUCUCUUCCCGACUCUGUCCACAACACCGACCCCUCCAAGGACGAGCGCAACGUAUCUCACGCCACUGGCAAAUCCAUCGUGCCCGAGGCCAUCCAGAAGGCUGCUCCCGAGGGUCUUGAGAGAGCUCUCCCCGAAAAUGCCUGGUCGACUCGUACGGCGCGCAGAGCAGGAUGGAAUGAAUAA